AUACGUCGUGAACCUUUGAGAUUUGUUCAAGUUGAGAAGGUUAAUUUAAUUCAACAACAACAAAAAAUGGGUUACUGGAAUUCGAAGGUUGUUCCAAAGUUCAAGAAGUUAUUUGAGAAAAAUAGUACUAAGAAGGCUGCUGCUGCUGAAGCUACCAAGACCUUUGAUGAGUCUAAGGAAACAAUCAACAAGGAAAUUGAGGAGAAAAAGACAGAACUCCAACCAAAGGUCGUGGAAACCUAUGAAGCCACGUCUGCCGAAGUCAAGGCUUUGGUGAGAGCCCCUAAGGAGUCUGGUUUGAAGAAAAACUCAGCGGCUGUGCAGAAGUACCUCGAGGAGCUUGUCAAAAUUGAAUUCCCCGGAUCAAAAGCGGUGAGUGAAGCUACGUCUAGCUUCGGAGCUGGCUAUGUCGCAGGACCGGUCACAUUCAUAUUCGAGAAGGUGUGUGUUUUCCUCCCUGAGGAGGUGAAGACAAAAGAAAUACCGGUCGAGGAAGUGAAAGCCGAAGAACCAGCCAAAACUGAAGAACCAGCCAAAACCGAAGAACCUAGUGGUGAGAAAGAGGAGAUUGUUGAAGAGGUCAAGAAAGACGAGACCCCUGCAACCGCAGUCGUGGAGGAGAAGAAACCAGAGGUAGAGGAGAAGAAGGAAGAAGCUACUCCGGCUCCGGCGGUGGUUGAAACUCCAGUUAAGGAACCGGAAACGACGACUAGCUCCAUGUGGCUGAACCACCAAAGCCUUGAUUUGUUUUCAAGAUGACAAGCAAAAGUCCUUAUCUCUCUAAAGCAAAGCUUUGAUUCCUAUGAUCCUUCUCUUGAUUCAUGGAACAUUCCAAAUUUCAGUUCUCUCUGUUCUUGGACUGGUGUUUCUUGUGACAACUUUAAUCAGUCUAUUACUCGUCUAGACAUCUCUAAUCUCAACAUCUCCGGCACACUCUCGCCGGAAAUAUCUCGUCUUUCGCCGUCUCUCGUUUUUCUCGACGUUUCUUCAAACAGUUUCUCCGGUGAGCUUCCUAAAGAGAUCUAUGAGCUCUCUAGCCUCGAAGUGUUAAACAUCUCUAGCAAUGUUUUUGAAGGAGAGCUUGAGUCACGUGGGUUCAGUCAAAUGACUCAGCUUGUGACUCUUGACGCUUACGACAACAGCUUCAACGGAUCACUUCCUCUGAGUCUAACAACACUCACUCGUCUCGAGCACUUAGAUCUUGGAGGAAACUACUUCGACGGUGAGAUCCCUAGAAGCUAUGGAGGUUUCUUGUGUCUCAAGUUUCUUUCUUUAUCUGGUAAUGAUCUCCGUGGGAGAAUCCCUAACGAGCUAGGGAACAUCACAACUUUGGUACAGCUUUACUUAGGUUACUUCAACGAUUACCGCGGCGGGAUACCUGCAGAUUUCGGGAGAUUGAUCAAUCUUGUUCAUUUGGAUUUAGCUAAUUGCUGCUUGAAAGGAUCAAUUCCUGCAGAAUUGGGAAAUCUCAAGAACUUGGAGGUUCUGUUUCUUCAGACCAAUGAGCUUACAGGCUCUGUUCCUCGAGAAUUACACGGCGAGAUCCCUGAGUUCGUAUCUCAGCUUCCUGAUCUGCAAAUCCUCAAGCUUUGGCACAACAAUUUCACCGGAAAGAUUCCUUCGAAACUCGGAACAAACGGGAAGUUGAUCGAGAUUGAUUUGUCUACCAAUAAGCUAACAGGUUUGAUCCCUGAGUCACUCUGUUUCGGAAGAAGACUAAAGAUUCUCAUUCUCUUCAACAACUUCUUGUUUGGUCCUCUCCCUGAAGAUCUUGGCCAAUCUUCAAAACAACUUCUUGAGUGGAGAAAUCCCCGAAGAAGAGGCGGGAAAUGCGCGGUUUUCGAGCCUUACUCAGAUCAAUCUGUCCAACAACCGGUUAUCUGGACCUAUUCCUGGUUCAAUCAGAAACCUCAGAAGCCUUCAGAUUCUUUUCCUCGGCGCGAACCGGUUAUCGGACAGAUCCCCGGUGAAAUUGGAACUUUGAAGAGUCUUCUCAAGAUUGACAUGAGCAGAAACAACUUCUCAGGCAAGUUUCCUCCUGAGUUUGGUGAUUGUCUGUCACUCACAUACUUAGAUUUGAGUCAUAACCAGAUCUCCGGUCAGAUUCCUGUUCAGAUAUCGCAGAUUCGGAUUCUAAACUAUCUGAAUGUUUCUUGGAAUUCCUUAAACCAAAGCCUUCCCAACGAACUCGGAUACAUGAAGAGCUUAACAUCAGCAGAUUUCUCACACAACAACUUCUCCGGUUCAGUACCAACUUCAGGGCAAUUCUCUUACUUCAACAACACGUCAUUCCUUGGAAACCCUUUUCUCUGUGGAUUUUCUUUAAACCCUUGCAACGCUUCCCAAAACCAAUCUCAAUCUCAGCUACUUAACCAGAACAACGCAAAAUCCCAUGGUGAACUCUCCGCUAAAUUCAAGUUGUUCUUCGGGUUAGGCCUACUAGGGUUUUUCUUGGUGUUCGUCGUUUUAGCUGUGGUUAAGAAUAGGAAAAUGAGAGGGAACAACCCGAAUUUAUGGAAGCUCAUAGGGUUUCAGAAGCUCGGAUUCAGAAGCGAACACAUAUUAGAAUGUGUUAAAGAGAACCAUGUGAUUGGUAAAGGCGGUGCAGGGAUUGUCUACAAAGGCGUAAUGCCAAACGGAGAAGAAGUUGCAGUUAAGAAGCUCUUAACCAUAACCAAAGGAUCAUCUACACGACAACGGUUUAGCUGCAGAGAUUCAGACAUUAGUAUAUGCCUAAUGGUAGCCUCGGAGAAGUCUUGCACGGGAAAGCUGGAGUCUAAGUUUAUGAUGCAAGACAAUGGAGCUUCAGAGUGUAUGUCCUCGAUCGCAGGCUCAUAUGGCUACAUCGCUCCAGAAUAUGCAUAUACACUGAGAAUAGACGAGAAGAGCGAUGUGUACAGCUUUGGAGUAGUGUUAUUGGAGCUUAUUACGGGUCGAAAACCGGUAGAUAACUUUGGGAAGAAGGGAUAGACAUUGUGCAAUGGUCAAAGAUUCAAACAAACUGUAACAGACAAGGUGUGGUGAAGAUCAUUGACCAGAGAUUGAGCAAUAUUCCAUUAGGAGAAGCCAUGGAGCUGUUCUUUGUGGCAAUGCUAUGUGUUCAAGAACAUAGUGUUGAGAGACCGACCAUGAGAGAGGUUGUCCAGAUGAUUUCUCAG